CCAUCUUUCCCUUGCACGAGAGUAAAGACACCUAGAACGACCACAACGCAACGACCACUAGUACUCCACCCACAUCUUUGCCACCAUCGUCGCUUCACUUUACUCACCAUUGCCCCCCCUCUCCCCAAUCUCAUGACACCGUGCGCUUAACAGCAGACGUUGCUCCUUGCUACCUGUGACGACCUUAUCUCUCAUUCACUCUACACUGGCCUCAUUUUUCACCUCUCGCACCCAAACUCAAUCCUCGUCACCCACGCACCUUGACACGAUUUUUACAACCAUGAGCCACCAGCACUCGUCUCCCCCCCUCCCCAACCUCCACGCCCUCUCCAUAUCGCCUGCGCCCUACGCCGUUCAGUCCGACUACCCCUACAACGGCGUCUUUGGUCCCUCCAUCGCAACUCCUCCAGGCGCUCCCACCCGUGGGUGGACAGCCAGCCCGAAGCGUGGACGUCACGGUAUCCCCCCGGCAUGGUUCGAUCUUCCAGUCCCCGAUGGACGCCUCUAUGAUUCGUUCCGCCGUGACGCAAACUCUCCCCCAUCGCUUCAACCUUCCAGCAAUGCAGCCAACACUGCAGCUCAGCCUUACUACCCGUCCUUUUCUAUGGAUCCCUUUCCUUCAAUGGCGCUUGCUCCGUCUCCGCCACCCAACUACCUUGCAAACGCUGGACCCGCACCCGCAUAUGGUUCCCCCUACGGUGCCCAGCAGAUGCCGCCCGCCCCGCGUCAACAGGUAUGGCGCAACGCCUCAAUCCCCACUCCCGACAACGACGUGAUUCCGACUGCCAUUGUUAUCAAGAACAUUCCUUUUACAAUAUCCCGCGAGACGCUGUUGGGCAUUAUUGAGAGUCUCGGCGCACCUCUCCCAUACGCAUUCAACUACCAUCACGACAAUGGCGUCUUCCGCGGUCUCGCUUUCGCCAACUUUCGCCUACCCGAGGAGACGGCAAGCGUCGUCGCAGCACUCAACGGCUAUGACGUGCAGGGCCGCAAACUCCGCGUAGAGUACAAAAAGGUCCUUCAGCCCGGCGAGAAGGAUCGCAUCGAGCGCGAAAAGGCCAUCAAGCGCAUGAAGAGUCUGCAGCUGGACGCUGUAAAGCAGCAGCAUCUGAGUGACAUGCCGCCCAUGCCCCGCCAGCCGCAGCAGUCGCAGCAACAGCAGCAGCAGCAGCAGCAGCAGCAGCAGCAGCAGCAAAACGGUCAUCACCCCCAGUUCUCGUUUGACACCGCCGAGGACCGCAGCUCGCCCCACUCUGCUGCAUCGACCAAUUCGGACCCAUCAAACAUGCAGAUCAAUCUCGACCUGAAUGACCCCGAAGCGCUCCGCAUCUACAACAUGGUUUACAUGUUCAAGGAGGACAGCUACCGCGACGAGUUGGCGCUUUCUCGCAACCUCAACGCCAAGGAGCGUCGCAUGGUGCAUCUGGUUGCCGCCAAGCUGCAACUCACUAGCAUCAACAAGGGCGAAGGCGACAACAAGUACGUUGUUGUCACCAAGGACCCGCCUCCGCGUCCGGAGCCGCGUACUACGUCCUUCCUUGCCCCGUACGACGGUCCAACGCCCGGCUUGAGAAUCAAAAAGUCGAUGCCUGACUUGCGCGGGUUUAACGGCCCUGUCGUCGCGCGUGACCCGUCGCGCAGCCUGACGCCGCAGCGUUCCAGUGGAAGCUUGCGUGCUGAGGCGGCCGGUGGCAUCAUUGCCGGUCGCGAAUACGCGUCGAUGGGAGCGUCGCACGGACGUCGCCUUAACGGUCAUGGGCACGGCUCGGGCACGUUUAACACGUUCUUUGGUACGGUGAUUGGUGCCCCUCCCGUGCCUCCCCUUCCCGAGGGCCUCAAGCGCACCAACCUGGACCGUAGCAUUGACCGCGAGCGCGCCGAUCUAGUUCUCGACCGUGAGGGCCCUGGCUCGUCCGAGUCGGGUUCGUCUCAGUCGCACAACACUAUGCCGCUAAGGAAUCCUCGCGGGCCCGUGGGCGAGUCGCGCGGCUUCUCGAGCGGGAUGGGCACUCUGCGCCCCGGGUCGAGCUCGUUGCGCGGUGUGCCUGGGGCACUAGCGCUGGGCCGGCAUCGCGAGGAGGACGACGAGGAGAGUACACGGACGCGCGAGGAGCUGGAUCUCUGAGAUCUUUUUUUUGCUUGCACGUACGACGAAUACGUAUCGCUGGCACUAGCGUCGCCCGAGUAUGCGUCGCCCAGGUGUCGGCGCGCGCGCACCUCACUUUUCUUUUCGUUUCCCUUUUCCGCGACAACAACACAUAUA